AUAAGUGUUCCUUACACGUUGUCUUUUUGCAUUAUUAGCCACCAACUCAUCACAAAUGGAGCUAGAUGAUGAUUGUCAGACUCCUGGUGAUGUAAACUUGACGGCCUGUUUAGUUUUGAAUCAACGUGUUGACGAGAUUCUAGGUUUUGAUUUCGUUACAUUUCCUAGUUCAAAUGAAGUUGUUGGUGUCGUUAACUUGACUCCAGGAUGUCAUUUUGUUUAUGUUAAGGAAGGCAAUUCUAACGAUGAGUUUGAUCGUCGUUUGGGUGAAUUCGUUUAUAUUUACAAGGAUACAUGUACAGUUCUGAAGCGAUCUAAAUUUGACCAUGGGCCUCUGUUUGAGAUUUUAUCUGAGGAGGAAUCUCGUAAUUAUCACAAUGGUAUCGUUGCUGGCCACUUUCACGGUAAACUUUCCCGUAUUCCAGAAGGUCUGCAGCAGUUGUGGUUUAACAUGACUGAAUAUAUUACCGAAGGUGUAAUAAACAAGUUAAGACCAAUUAGAUCUACUAAAUCAGAUACUGCGACGGCAGAUGUGAUGAUAAAUGAAGAUUCUCAAGUUAAAACAAUAUCAAAUGCCGAGGACAAUAUCGGAGGUUCAUCUACUGCGUCGUCUAAGGACGGUGUUUUUGUUAAUGAAGAUAGCAGGACUUCGGAAUCGUACGAUAGUGGUGAACCAUUAAAUAACCCAGUAGACAAUAGACGUAACGAAAAGCCCAGUGCAUUAUCAGGAGAAGCUGGUAUUGCAGCAGCUUGUCGAAUUGCUCCCUCUGAUUCAGAAGAUACUGUAGAGGAUUAUGUAGCUAUCGCAAAUCGUUAUAAAGAAAUUAAGUCUCUCCGAGGCAUGUUUUGUGAAACUUUUGGUGCUGGUAGUGCAGGCGCAUCGGAAUCCAUACAUGGGUCUGAUAGCCAUGUUGAUUCUGAAAAUAUCCCAUCAAUAAACACCGUGGUUAACCCAGAUAAUACUACGACAUCCAAGAAUACAACUAAUAGGGGACGUCAUGAGGACUUGAUGCACUGGGAACCACCUGUUGAUCAAUGUACAAUAUACUAUUCUGACCUUCAGAAGAUUAACCGCAAGCUGCAUCGUCAUAAACGGCUACCGCCCUCUAGAAUAUCGGCAUUACAUAUUGACACAUCGCAUAUCAUAGACUCCGUCGUGUUACACCACAUGGGCCAUGACAUCAUUGGAUCUAGUAAGACAAAUGUAGAUAGCCUUGAUGAAUCCUGUCAACCAUCUAGAUAUGGUUUAUUUCUCGGGGAAUACCAGUAUGCUUUCUGUGUCUUCCUUUUGAAUUAUCAUUAUGCAUCAUUUGAACAUUGGAAGUCAAUGUUCCGAAUACUCUGCAAUGCGGAGACUUUUCUGAUAGAAAACGUCGACGUUGGUGAGAAGGUGUUGAACAUUAUCAAACAUCAGCUGGAGAGUUUUGAAUCUGAUUUAUACGAUCCAGGCAACUUUUUUGCGUACCACUUGGGAGCAUUGACUGAGAUUAUAGUUGAUAAUCCUGAAGCGUUGUCAAGUUUAUUACCAAGUCUACAGGAUAUUAGGACGAGUUUUAAAUUGAAGUUCGGUAUAUCUUUGGAUGAUGCCCGUUUACUACAAGUCGUGACCGACAAUAGUUCUCCGUAGUGCUGCUAAAAGUGCACUUUAACACUGUUA